AUGGAGCGGUGCGGAUCGGACACCGAGCGGCGACUACGCGCGAUGGAGGCGGCGUUCGAGCGCGAGCGCCAGCAGCGUGACCUGCUGGAGAAGAAGUACGCGCGUCUGAAGCGGCGCUACGUGCGUCUCGAGCGCUCGCACAGCCGCCUGCUGAUGGAGUCGCAUGGGAAGAGUAACAGUGGAGCGCACACGCCCACCUCCCAGUCCGAUGCACCAGGGAGCGCCGAGUCCACGCCGAACUCGCGGACGUCAACGUUUGCCGUGAUAGACCUCACCAGUCCACAUGCGGGGGCAAGCUCUGCAGCGAGAAGCAAUGGCGGGUCGCAGGGCAGCGUGGCUAGAGACAUAGGAAGCGUCCAGUCCGACUUUUUGCCCAGGGAUGACAUCUGCGCUGAAAGCCCGGUCUCGUCGCUGGGUUCUCCGCAAUUGUCAACGAGAGAAUCCCGCGCCAGUGAGGACCAAGAAGAGAAAGAAGAUGCCGGGGAAAGCUGGCGACGACAUGGCGACAGAAUGUACUCGACCCCAGCGUCGCGGCGGCGUCUGCACUUGGACUUCAGUCUCCCACCUGGUCUAAUGGAGUCACAUCGCUCAGUUUCAAGUCCCACGCGACGUGUGCAGCAUCAUAGACCCCACUCAGACCACUCGACCAGCUCGCACAGCUCUCCGCAAUCUGCUCAUUCCAUGACGACACACAGCGGAGAGCCUCGUACUCGCACCCGUCCGCGACUUCAACUGCACCAUCACUCGCCAGAACGAAGUGCUGCCCGCGCAUACGGAUAUGAACUAGAGCAGGAGCUGGAACCUCGAGCGCAUCGACAUGAGCGGUAUCGCUGGGCGUCGGAUCCAUCCCCGGAACGAUCCACGCCGUCACCGGUGGUAUCUUCUCCGUUGGUGCCGACAAACCGACGCACGGUUGAUUCAUCAGCUAGUCGUCCUAGAGCCCAGAGCGAUGAGGAGGCUUCACUUGCAUUGGCGCGGUAUCUGCAACAACAAGAGAAUAUUGCAGCGUAUGAAGAAUAUCAAGCCCGUCAGCAGCGUGAGUCUGCUGAACGAGAGUAUAAUCAGCGCUCAUUCAUGCCCAACAGUUCACUACUCUCACAUCUUGAGGGUCACCAGCGCCAACUUGACCCAGACAAUAUGACCUACGAAGAGCUGUUGCGACUUGGAGAGGAAGUUGGCGACGUAAAGAAAGAGAGGUGGCAGCGAAUGGCGGUUCAUGUGCUCUCGAGUCUUCCUACGCACCGCUGGAAACGAGGCCAACACGAAGACACCUGCAUUAUCUGUCAGUACAGUUUUGUUCCAGAUGAUCGAGCGAUGACAUUGCCGUGUGCCCACGUGUUCCAUGAGGACUGCGUCGGUGGCUGGAUUCGUGAAAACAACAGUUGUCCUCUGUGCAAAAGGGAAAUAUCACCGAUGUAG